AACAGAAGUUGCCUGUGGAAAGGUGUUUAAGAUGAUAAGGUAAACGGAAAGAAAGGACAUCAUAAUAAAGUACUGCGGAGGAAUUUUUCUCCAGCUGUGAGACGCCGGAGAAGAGUGAAUGCGAUUGAGAGAGGCUCAGAGAAUUGUCCUCUGUACUGGGGACUUUCUUUAGCUCCAGGUUCCUGCCUAGCCCCAUCGUCAGCAGAGAGAUGGAAACUUUGAUGACUAGUUCCACGCUGCCUUCCCUUUAUGCAGAGGAAGAUGGCUCCAAGGAGAAUAGUGAUCUGGCUACAACCCGGCUAAGCCACCCAGAUAUUCCAUUUAGUACUGGAGCCACAUCAUCUACCAACAAUCCAGAAUUUGUGGAGGGUCUCUCCCAAGAUCAGUUGCUUCAGAAUGAGCCUUCAAACACAGCAGAAGGCAGUGAACAGAGGCAUGAAGAUGAGCAAAGAAGUAAACGAGGAGGGUGGUCCAAAGGAAGAAAGAGGAAGAAACCUCUUCGAGACAGCAAUGCACCCAAAUCCCCCCUUACAGGAUAUGUUCGGUUCAUGAAUGAACGUCGAGAACAGCUUCGAGCAAAGAGACCAGAAGUUCCAUUUCCAGAAAUCACCAGAAUGUUAGGCAAUGAAUGGAGUAAACUGCCUCCUGAGGAAAAACAGCGCUACCUUGAUGAAGCAGAUAGAGAUAAGGAGCGUUACAUGAAGGAACUGGAGCAGUAUCAGAAGACUGAGGCCUACAAGGUCUUCAGUAGGAAAACCCAGGACCGUCAGAAAGGCAAAUCUCAAAGACAAGAUGCAGCCAGACAGGCCACUCCUGAUCAUGAGAAAGAAACAGAAAUAAAGGAACGAUCUGUUUUUGACAUCCCUAUAUUUACAGAGGAAUUCCUGAACCACAGCAAAGCUCGGGAGGCAGAGCUUCGCCAGCUUCGCAAAUCCAACAUGGAGUUUGAAGAGAGGAAUGCAGCCCUGCAGAAGCACGUGGAGAGCAUGCGCACAGCAGUGGAGAAGCUGGAAGUGGAUGUGAUCCAGGAGCGAAGCCGCAACACUGUCUUACAACAGCACCUAGAGACCCUGCGGCAGGUGUUGACCAGCAGCUUUGCCAGCAUGCCCUUACCUGGAAGUGGAGAGACACCUACCCUGGACACCAUUGACUCAUAUAUGAACAGACUGCACAGUAUUAUUUUAGCUAAUCCCCAAGACAAUGAGAACUUCAUAGCUACUGUUCGAGAAGUUGUAAACAGACUUGAUCGUUAAGGAAUGGUAUUAGAGCUCCAAGAUGUGAGGAAGGAGAAGCCAUCUCUGAAAACUUGAACUGAGUAGAAGCAGAGGAGUACAGAUGACUCUGCUUGUGAAGGAACUAUCAGCU